GGAAAGGGUGCGCGACGCAAUGUAGUUGAUGCUGCUGCUACCUCCACUGCUGAUUGAUGGUGAAGGGGGCAGGAAGAGACAGAGAGAGAUUGAUUGCAGAGGUUGUGCAUAUCCCUAAGCGGAAGUAAAGGGGAUAGAAGCCUGCCUUCCUUAAGCAUAAGAAUCCAUCGAUCUUAUCUGGAGCGUCCAGGAGGAGGAGGAGGCGGAGGAGGAGCAGAAGGAGCCGGUGCUGCCCAGUGCUGGAACUUCUACCGCUGGCAUCAUCGUCGCCUUCCCCGACCCGACUCGACCCGGCUCGACUCAUCUCAUCUCAUCGCCAUCCUCCUGCUCUGGGAAGUUUGACGAUCGGGCGAGUUGCCCGCUAGAAAAGUGCUAGUAGUAGUAAUAGUACUACUACUGUCUCUCCGGGUCUCGCUUGUCUAGUACUACGACUACUUCUACCCUUUACUCGGUUGGUGUUCAUCUCCACUAGGGAAGGGCUCACAAGUAAUCUGGGCGUCGAGGUGUAGGUGGGUUCUACUCCAGUCCUGCCUGAUUGGUUCGCUGUUGUUGUCAUCGCCCUCGGUUGUGGUAGUGAAGGGAAGCGAAGGAAAGGACAGGUAACAGGAAAGUGCAGCCCCCUUAGAACUGGGUUGGGGUUGUGUCAUUGUGAGAGUGAGAGAGGGAGAGAGUGGCAAGAGGCACUGAACCAAAGCCUUGUGGGGUUUGUGUGGGGGUGUCGAUCGACGUCUAGGGGUGUGCCGAGAGUGGGAUCGGGGUGGUAGUGGUGAGACAUUGCCGUUGAGGAGCUGCUUUUAUGUGAAGGUUGCAGCUAGCAAGUGGGAAGUGUAGAGGUAGAGAGUGAAGAAAAUGGCUACCGAGAGAGAGAAAGAUCACGAGCGCAUCAGAGCAGUUUGUGCACAGGUGCCUCUCAUUGAUGCGCAUGCACACAAUGUCGUGGCAAUGGAUUCCACUCUACCCUUCCUGCAGUGUUUCUCUGAAGCCCGCGGCCACGAAGCUCUCUCCUCGGUGCCGCACAGCCUCUCUUUCCAGAGGAGCUUGAAAGACCUUGCGGAGCUUUACAGUUGUGAGCCUACCCUAGUGGCCAUCGAGCAUUACCGGAAAACCGAAGGACUAGCAGCAAUCAGUGAAAAAUGCUUCGACGCUGCCAACAUUGAGUUUGUGCUUCUGGACGAUGGCCUCACAAUGGACAAAAUGGUUAGCCUGGGUUGGCAUCGCAAGUACAUUCCUGGUGUCCACCGCGUUCUUCGAAUUGAGACCGUUGCUGAGGCCAUCCUCAACCAGGGCAUUCAGGGUAAUGUGAGAUGGACCUUGGAGAGCUUCGAGCACCGAUUCAGCUCGACUUUAGAAUCACUCUCUUCUAAGGUGGUCGCCUUCAAGAGUAUUGCCGCAUACCGCAGUGGGCUGCGCAUCAAUCCUUACGUGUCAGCUCAGGAAUCCGAGAAUGGACUCUUUGAUAACUUACGUGCUGGAAGCCCCGUCCGGGUUUCAAACAAGGCUUUGAUCGACUUCAUCUUUACACGAGCCCUCGAGGUAGCCACUACUCGAGACGUGCCGCUACAGAUUCAUACGGGGUUUGGUGACAAGGACUUGCAGCUAGAGCUUGCCAAUCCGUUGCACUUACGUGCUGUGCUGGAGUGCCCGCACUACGCCAAUGCUCGCGUUGUGCUUUUGCAUGGCUCCUAUCCGUUCAUGCGAGAAGCUUCAUAUCUCGCCAGCGUUUACCCUCAGGUGCAUUUGGACUUCGGGCUGGUGGUGCCGAAGUUGAGCGUUCGUGGAAUGAGGUGCGCUGUUAGCGACCUCAUGGACUUGGCUCCUGUUAAUAAGAUUAUGUUCAGCACGGAUGGGUACGCUUUCCCGGAGACUUUCUUCCUAGGUGCCAAGUGGUCGCGAGAGAUUUUGGCUCGCGUCCUGAUUGAGGCUUAUGACAACGGAGACAUGCCAAUCAACGAAGCCCUUGCUGCCGCAGAUGGAAUUCUGGGACGCAAUGCGUUGGACUUUUACAAGUUGGAGGGCAAGGGUGGAUUCUCAGCCUCGACCGACAGCUUGAGUAAGUUGAACCAGCAAGCCACGCUGCAAGGUUUAGGAAGUGCAAGCUUGGUGUCAAUGGAACGCACUCCAUUUGCACCGAGGUUACCGCCAUCUCUCCGCACGCUUCCCCAAGGGAAGUCUAUGAAGGAUUCGCAAUCCCUUCUUGCGAGUCCCAGAGCUCUCAAAGUGGACGUUCUGGACGAGAAGGUGAUCGACCCAGUGGCUGUGGAAGAGAAGGAUGUUCAUGAGGGCGUUGCGGUGAAGCACGUGCGGUUGCUGUUCUCAGAUGGUUCGGGUCAACGACGUUGUAGAGUGGUUCCUGUGAAAAGGUAUGAGGGAGUGGUGAUGGACCAUGGUCUGGGCAUCACCCAAGCGUGCAUGGCGAUGACAUCGUUUAGCGAUACGCCUGCGCCGAAUAGUGGAUUGUCAGCCAUCGGCGAGAUCCGUUUGAUGCCCGACAUCUCGACAAGGCGCAGAUUGCCUUGGUUUCCAGAGCACGAGAUUGCGCUGGUGGACAUGCACAGCAAGCCUGGUGUGGCGUGGCAGUAUUGUCCUCGCAGCACUCUCCGCAGCGUGACACAAACCUUAGAGAAAGAAUUCGGUCUGACGCUGCGAGCUGGUUUCGAGAGCGAGUUCUACCUUCUGAAACGGGCCGAGGGAGAGAAGAAAUGGCAGGGAGUGGAUGCAACUCCAUACUGCUCAUCCGCAGGCUUCAAUGCUGCGUCGCCCAUCCUUUCCGAAAUCACAAGCACGCUAUCAGCCCUGGGUAUUCAGAUUGAGCAAAUGCAUUGUGAGUCUGGAGGCGGCCAAUUCGAGCUAGCUGUGGGUCAUUUCCCAUGUCUCGAGGCUGCUGACAAGCUUCUCUUGCUCCGGGAGACUGUUAGCGCCAUCGCUGAUAAGAACGGUCUCCGUGCUAGCUUCUUGCCUAAAUAUUUCCCCAAAGGAGCAGGAGUCGGGUCACAUGUGCAUCUCAGUAUAUGGCAAGGCGAUCAAAACGUGCUCAUGGGCAAAGGCUCGGGUUCAAAGCACGGCAUGUCGAAGCAGGGGCAAGAGUUCAUGGCUGGAGUCUUGGACCACCUUUCAGCGAUCUUUGCUAUGACUUGUACAAUUCCAAACAGUUACUCCCGUAUUCAGCCCAACACAUGGAGCGGUGCCUUCAAGUGCUGGGGACGUGACAACCGAGAGGCGCCCUUGCGUACGGCUAGUCCACCCGGGUGUGAUGCUGAUAUGGUUAGCAAUUUUGAGUUGAAGAGCUUUGAUGGAUGCGCUAACCCACAUUUGGGAUUAGCCGCAAUUAUCGCCGCUGGAAUGGACGGCCUCCGCAAGCACCAUCAGCUCCCAGAGCCAACUGAGGUAAAUCCGGCAGAGUUGGAGGAUGGCAAAAUCGAAGCCCUGCCCAGUUCUUUAGUUCAAGCAGUGGAAGCCCUUGAAGGCGACUCUGUUUUGCGCGAAGUUCUCGGAGAGCCGUUGGUGAAGGCCGUCAUUGCAAUCCGCAAGGCGGAGGUGGAAUAUUACAAAGACAAGGUCGAUGCUGAGGAGAUGCUCGUCGAGCGUUAUUGAGGGAUCAUCUACGCAUCCACAGAGUACCAACGACCAAGAAGAGGACCCACAAUUAUUGCGCUCCCAUGCUUGCUUGUGUCGGCAACGACCACAUAAGGUCUCCAGUGAACAAUGUCAGACGGAUCGAAAAAAAUAUAUUUAUGUCAGACAUGAACUAGUUUGUGAUGCUGGCAAUCAAUUUUCGCACAAAACUCUCAAAGCUCCGCUGCUUUCUUUGAAAUUGGUGGCAGGCUCAUACUGCCGGAAGUAAAUAGUUACGAUGCAUUGGGUGGGGUCAGUAUUGGGCGUGGAUUUGCUUGUGCAAUGCACAAACCUCGUAGUGACUCAAAGAUCAUCGUUGUAAUCCUGCAUCUAGAUGAUAUUACUUUUUAGUGUUUAUGUUCCUCACAGCGUCCAGGUUCUGCUGUUUAUUGAAUAGGUUAUAUAUGUAACCUGCGUCUCCACAGAACCAAAUCAAUGGCGGGUCCUUUUUUUCUCUGGUAUCUCUCAAGACCUCAGCAGCCUGAGAGCUUCAGCGGCUUCAGGGAUUCAUAUCUUCCGUUUUCUUCAUGAAGCGUGCACUCCGUUUGUCUCAAAAUAAUCCAUUUUCAAGCUUUGCAUGCACUGCAGUUU